AAAAGAAAAUAGAAAAGUUCUUCGAGAUGACCAAUAAAUAAUAAAAAAAGGAAUUGAGUUAUGAAUGAGAAAAAGGAAAACAAAAAAAGCAAAAAUGAGGUGUGCGAAGAAAAUAUCAUGCAUAUACAAUGUCCUGAACUGAAGUUAUAAGGUUCAUGCAAAUAUAUACCUCACGCUCAUUUUGAUGUUACUUUUCUAUAUAUUCAUAAUAACGGAACAUAUACAUUAAAAAUAAACAAAAUUAACCAAAAACAAAAGACAGAGAUGAGGAGAAGAAAUAUAUGGGCAUUAUUAAUGUAUGUAAUAGUGAUGAUGAUAAUUGUAGUAGAAUCAAGUCUUCACAGAGUAGGCGGCGGAAGAUACAACUGGAAUCCAGAUGUUAACUUCUCCGAUUGGGCAAACCAGCAACGAUUCUAUUCCGGCGAUUGGCUCUUUUUUGGGUUUGAUCGUACCCAUCACAACAUCCUCCAAGUAAACAAGAGUAGCUACGAGCAAUGCAUCGACACCGAUUUCAUAUUCAACGUGACACGUGGAGGACGAGAUGUAUUUCAACUUCUUCAACCAAAGCCUUAUUACUUCAUUUGCGGUAAAGGUUAUUGCCUCAAAGGCAUGAAACUCGCCGUUAACGUCCUUCCUCAACCCCCGCCUUCAACUCCAACCGUUCCCAUCACUCCCACCUCAACCGCCACUGCUCUCAUAAUACCCUCAAGCGCCUUAAUUGCUGUUGCUGCCGCCAUUCUCACGGCCUUCGCCUUUAAACCUUCAUACGUAUACUAAGGCUAUGUCUGUAUGUCAUUUCUUUGUUAAUUUGUGUUUUGGUGUUAUCAGUUGAAACCAAAGGAUCACUUCCUAAAUUAGAAAUAUUCACCAAAUUACGUCGUUCACUUGAGUAUUUGUUCAAUUCGGAUAAAGAGAUGCGAUCCGAAC